AUGCUCUUAAAUCUAAACGGGGACUCCUUUGGAGCCGACCGUGAUGGCAUCUGCGUGCACUUCGUCCAUCAGAUCAGGCGUAAGAAUGCAGCCUAUGCAAUUCAGAUACUCUCUCUUUCGGUUUCAUUAAUACUUAGUUUAGUAGUGGCCAUCUCUCAACAAACAGCUGUCCAGAGUCUACGCUUCCUUGUCGCAACAACAUUGGUGAUGGUCCUCCAUGCUUGCUUUAUUAUUUUUACAGAGAAUUACUACGAUGUGCGUUGCCAGUGCACCUCAGAAUAUCACUCUAUUAGAUCAUUUACACUUAUGGACAAGCCGUGCAGCUGUUUCACAACUACUGUACCUACUACAAUCAACAUGCUUAACACAUUUGGAUGUCUAUUUUCCCUCUGGUAUCUCUUGGUCUUGAAGAUAUAUGCUACAGGGGACUUCUUCGUCUCUGUCUAUGCACUCCUUUCGAGCUACUUGAUAGUUAGCUUUCCUGCAGUUGUGGGUCGGCAAGGCUACCUGCAUCGCGGAGUCCGAACAGGCACAUUUCUCAUAUUCAUGUUUGCCCUGGUCAAAGUGUUGAAUGGAUCUACUCUUCUCAUUUUACUGAUUAGCAUUUUUCUUAUCACGAUUGUGUCCUCGCGCUUUUCUUUUGAGCAGCUCAAUAGGCGCCCCUUGCAAUUGAUUAUGGAUAGCCAGGCCCUGCAGCUUCUCAGCAAGCAAUUCAUCGCAAAAACGUUUGCUAACCUCCUGCCCCACAGAGCUCUUGACUAUAUCUUCCAAGACAAAGACAUAAAACUUCAGGUGCACGCCGAUAUGUACCUCCUGGUGAUAAACAUCGAUAUACCGUGCCUCCGAAAGAAGCUUCAGAAGUACAUGUAUGCCGCCACCAACACGCACACAAAGCCAGCUUCUAAUAAUAUCAGUUUUUCCCCACUGACAGACUGUUACAUAAAUCACAUUAUAGCCAGCGUUGUCAAUCAGUUCAUCUCCUGCAUAGAUACAAUCCUCCUCGACGACUUCCCUCAGCUGACAAAGGUCUACUCGAAUCUAAGCACCAUAAAGGUCAUUGCUGGCAACUCCUUCACACAAUACAACAACAGGCAAAGCCCUCAGGGCGUUGAGUUUGGUGCUGAAAGUGUUGAGCCAAAGGAUUAUAUGAAGAUUCUGUCUACCUUCGCUCUUCUGGUUAGCAGGUGUGCUGGGAUAUUUGCGCUCCGUGUAGACUCAGUUAUUACUUUUGGAGACCUUGCCAUUGGCUUCCUGGGAUCACAACAUAUGUCAUGUUAUGAAGUUUUUGGCGCCCCAGUGGCUCUGGCUACUAAGCUACAUGAGAAGAUAGUUGCAUAUAAUCAGGAAACAAUAAGGCAAUCGGACUCCAGUGCUGCUUCAAACACACAAUCUUAUGAGAGUGGCCGUGACUGGAGUAGAAGCACGACCAGUACCAACUCAGAUAGCUUUGUGUCUAGCAAUCAUAAUGCUGUGGCGACCGACGACACUAGAGAUAAGCCAUACGGACAUUCUUCUAAGACACCCUCCACUAAGUGCUCACUCUCUCUAAGCAAAGACAGCCUUCUCUCUAGUCAUGAUCAUGUACCCCUCUAUCUAGAUGUUGCUCGCUCAUCUCUGGACAAUGAGCCUAUCCAUAGUGUUGUCAACGGUAUCAAGACUGGUGCUGGUCUGAAGGCCAAUUUGUUUUCUGCCUCGAAUAUGUCUUUUUCACAAGCGUACCACUCUGUCGCAGAACCCACAGUCGAGUUCAAUGAACUGCCGUCAAACGUCUACUUCAGUGUUGUCAAUAUGCUUUCACGGCCGCUAGAGGAGUAUGGGAAUCGCGGGACAGAGGGCAGUGACACAAUCACCAGUGAUGUUAUCUGCUCUGAUGCAUUCUCCGACGACCCUCAACCGCUAACGAACGCUGACCUAGAGUCUUCGAUGAACUUCCGCCGCUUCCUUGCAGCUCGAAGAGGGAACACCCGCUCUGCAAUCUACUCUAGGAGACGCUCCGUCAUCAAGGCUCUGAAUACCACAACCUCCCCCACUGAUGAUGCAUUUCCGCAAAAGCUUAUUUCACUCCACCAGAAUCCUGACUCUAGUGUCUCAAUGCACUCUAAACAUAGACUUCGCUCACACUCCUCGACAACACCUCAGACUAUGCCCCUUAAUAGCACUUUUUUCUACAGUUCUUCUUCAACAAAUAGCAUGCGGCUAUGGAGCCCUAAGAAUCUCAAGAUAGACGCCAUAUACGUCAACAAUGCCCUCAGCCAAUUAACCUAUCCUUACUCGACAAAGACGCCUAGUCCAAACUUUCAAGAAGUCUGUGACAUGAAGGUGUCUGUCUUCCAGGUCUCUCUUGAUGGGCUCUCCACCACCCCGCUCUCAAUCGAGUAUCCGUCUCGGAUAACACAUAAGUAUCGGAAUUUUUUAUUUUAUAAGCCUCCAUUGUACAUGUUUUAUGACAGUAUUAAACUUACCCUGCCCGGCAGCUCUCUAUCUUCUAAUUCGUCUACCUCAUCGUCGUCCCAUCAUUCUCUAGGGAUUUUAUCUUUCACGAAUCACAACUAUAGUCUGAUAGUGUGUUUAUUGGCUUUUGGAAUAAAGCAUCGCAUUCUUGUUUCAGAGCAAAACGCUGCCACAAAGGCCAACCUUGGAGAGCACCGCGACAUCGACCUAAAAGAGUAUCCCAGUCUAUCCAUUAACAAAUCUAUUGACACCUCUAUAGGCGAAACAUUGACCUCCUCGCAGACCACCCAUGAUACAUUCUCACUCUCUGAAUGUACAGAUACAAUGGUCUCCAACGCGUCGAUGCAGAAGGGUGAGGGGUCUCCAAAAUGCGAAUGCUGGGAUGCAGACUCUUCCUAUCAAUUGCUUCUACAGACGGAGGAUCUCAUCCUGCGUGCCAAGGACCCCAAAUCGUCCGGAUACAGGGCCCUCCGCAUGCUGGAUUCCAUCCCUAUCUAUAACUCGAAGGCUAUGCGCAAGUUAUUUCGUCUUCUGAACACAGAUCUUGAGCGUUUUGACAAGGUGAUCACAAGUCUCAACAAGAGCCUCCUGCCCCAAGGUAAUGUGGUUGGAGAUCUAGGCACCCUGGCAAAUAAUCAGUUCGACUUUGAUUUCCUUGUGGCAAACGCAGGAUUGCACAAAAAGAGGCAGCCUGAUGCCGAGUGGCCGUCCUUCCUAAAAGAGGUUAAGAUGGCCAUGACUAAGCCAAUGGACAAUACAUCAGAGUUCCACUCUUGCCGCGAUCACGAUAGCUCUCAGUUCAGCUCCUUCAUAUAUCCUUUCUCAGGAGACCCUACACUUUUAACUACCUCUUCAGACAGCCAUGGUACCCCUCUAACUACGCCCGUCUUUGAAUCUGCAAACCCAGAGAACCCAAUAUCUAUGAUAAUGUCUUCCAACGUACUAUCAGCACAGAAUUUUUCUGAUAGUCGCCUAACCAACUUGUAUACACACAAGUCUCAGCUGUUACCAAGCAGUGUCAUGGCACCCGAAAACCUGCCUAUUCCUGGUCAUCAAGCCUUGCUGAAGUCAAAGGUUAGCGACCCAAAUCUAAAGACCCUUAUGACCAUAGUUACUCGCAAAACAGAGAGCUUCGACAGCUCUAGCAUGAACGUUGACAAUGUACUCCCUGUACACUAUUUCAAAAGGCGAGCGUAUUCGUAUGUGGACUUUUCGGCAAACAAGCUAGAUAUACUGUACAGUAAGAUAGGCAGGAGGAGCACUGCACGCUUAGGAACAGCCAAUCAUUCUCUUUCGGAGAAUAACCAGACGUCUGGAAAGCUAACUGAUUGUCUGCGUAACCUCCAAAUCAACGAAUUGAAAGCCUUUUCGCAAAGUCUAGACAAGAGGCUGCGUAGCAAGAAUGCUAGCCAGCAUAAAGCUGAUCCAGAAUUUAAGCUCAGCAAUGCGAACUCCAACUCUGCUAAGUUUUCUCUCCAUAGUCAUGCAGAUGAAGAGGUGGAGAUACCACUCUUGGCGCCCAAGUCUCCUAGCAUUGAGUAUUCCUCUACCAACGAUAGCUGCACUGAAUCUUUGCCAGAAACACCUAAAUCCGCAGCUUCACAUCUGCCGAUCCAUAGGUCUGCGCUUUCGCACCUUUGCCAGUCUGUUUCUCCUUCAAGUGAUAUCGAUAGCAAAUCGGACAAUACCUAUGGCCAGAACAAGGAUAUUUCCCCACCAAACUGCUCGUUCAUUAAGGUGAGCAAGACCUUCAUUGCAGCUUUACAGGAAUCCGAUGACUCUAUGCACACGCUUUCACUAGUGAGGGAGAGCGAUCAGUCUGCCUCCACCGAUGAUGCGUCAGAUAUUCAGUUUAAUAAAACUAGCACCAGUCAGCUCAACAAUCCUACCGAUAGGGCAUUCAGUAGAACAUCUGGAGCUUCUGCAUAUCCAUUGCCUGCAGGGCCCUCCACUUAUCCAAAAACUGGAACAUUGAAUCCCCCCAACUUUAAUGGAUCAAUGCCAACGGAUGGCACCUCUAAUCCGCCCACUACACUGGACAGCUAUUCGUGUCUUUAUAAACUUGAAAUUGCUAGCGAAAAUGAUGAGACAGAAAAUAGCGUCCAAUCUGUUAUACUGUUCAAUGGAUCGAUGCACUUGCCAGACAACAGUGCACAGGAUACUGCCCCUGCGUCUAUGCUUUCCCAGUUUCGUGGAAAUAAGAGCACUAUGGGCGGGAAUCCGCGACCCAUGGUCUAUCAAGCGCCGGAUACCCUUGAUGGAACUGUGUCGUCGCUAUCAAUAACUUCUUGCACAGAUUCGCCUCGAAACAAGAGCAAGGCAGCUUCAUAUAAACCGUCAUCUUGUACUGAUGGGAUGGAUGACGAUCCUCUCUUCAAUCCGAUUAUCUGGCAGACCAACAGCUUCAUUACCCUCGGAAAGCCAGCGACAGAGAAGCUGAGUACCAGUGCCACGGGACGAUCAAUUGAGACAUCAUUCCAUGCAAUAACCUCACACGCCCUUAAGGAUAUAGUAACGACUAGGCCGGCCCCAACACCAGCGUACACUCCCAUCAAUCUGUCAAACAUUAAUCAGUACAAGAGUAUCGUAUACACGACGUUUGGAGUGGCAUUCGACCUUGUUGCACAUCCAUCUAUCUACGCCUCGUCUAUGCCCGGGGUUCGCCCCAUCUGUUCUUCGUCUUCUUUGCGAGGCGGGCCCUCUAGCAAUAGCAAGCACGACUAUGAAGACGCGGCAUUCAAAGCCAAAGCAGGAUCUACAACAGAAGAAGACCAAGGCUCAAGUGACAGACAAGAUGCCAACUCUGAUGCAGCGCAGGAAUCGCUGCUUCAAACACGCAAGAGGCAUAGUAAGUUUCUUCACUCCAACUGGCAAUCUAUGAUUUAUCUCAAGCGUUGUUCUCUGAAUGCUGCUCUAUCCUAUAUUCAACUAUCGGAUACCACUGAAGACGAAGAACUGUGCAAGACGUCAGAGCCUCAACUGCCGAUUGAAACUGGUCGCCUAAGACCGCACACUUCAGCCCCAGAGGUUGACACUGAGAUCCCAGAGGACUCAUCUGCACGCAACUUCUUUGCGUGUGCGCGCUUGAAGAAGAUUUAUACAGGGGAGUUAGAGCAGCCUCAAAGAUCCAUUAACAAGCCUCGUGGAUGGCUACGCUAUUCUACUUCUGCGUUCAAGUGGCCGCUCUUCAAACCUUUUCUCCGUCCACUAACCUGCAAGCCUAUUCUUGAGGAGCAUGUCUCCUUCCUAAUAACUCUUACAUCAGGCUACCUUCUGAGGAUCUUCUUUGAUAUUCUUUUCUACAUUAUAUUUUUGUUCAUGCUCUUUGGGGCACACGAAAUAACCGACACCAAUCAGCACAUCUAUCUGUUGUAUAUUUAUGGAAGGCUUUUAACAUUUAGGAAUCCCUGCCAACGCAAGCAGCUUUCUACACGCCUAAUUAGUGACACGUUUCAGGGAUCAUCAUCCCUUGUGCCCUUUGCAAUGAGGUGCAACUUCUCUUCUUCGAAUUUAGUCCAUGUCACAAAACUUGACAGCAAUGGUCCCGGAUUGGCAUCUGUGUUACUCCAAAACCAUGCCCAGUUGCAUCAUUUCCAUGCGUUUAUGAGUACCCUCUUGGGCCUACGCAUUCUUCUAACGCUGUUUAGAGCACUUAUAGCAUCAAGGAAAUCAAAGCUGGUUGUCUCCACGAAAACUGUGCUGUUCGGUAGAGUUAUGAAAGAGCACCCUAUUCUUUAUCGGCUGGUGCAAAUUACUAGGUGCGUUACCGUUGCUGUUGACGCCGUCUCAAGCUCCAUGCUUAUUCUCACUAGGACCUUUGUCCUCUACGAGUACUUUCGUGGACUCCGAGACUUCACCACAAGUAACUUUGUCUUUUUCUUCUUUCUCAUAAUAACUACGUGGAGCAGUAUUACCACUGAACUUUCUCCGCUGUGCAACACAAGCACAGGCGCAACGGUCUCGCUCUGCACCCACAUAUGGGCGAAUACUAUUUUUCUUCUUGAUGCCACAAAUUAUUUUGCACCGGUUCUGCGCAUAUUCACAGAACUAAAAUGUGUCUACUUGGCAAUCAGCUACUACAUUUCCAACAUUCUGCAAAAGAUGGAGCCCACUUAUAACGUUUCCAAUUCUGCUAAUAUAGGUUCCUAUUUGCAAACAGAGCACAUUCGAGAUACUGACUACCCCACACUGACCACCUGUGUCUCACUGCUACCCAAUCUUAGGCUUGGAACGCCGCUAAAGGCUAUUUGGAAUGCCUACCACACUAUACGACAAAAUUUUCCCAAGCACAACUCGUCUCUUAUAGCUUAUCUAUCCUGUGCCUUUUCAAAGGCUGGUUUAAGAUCUUUGAGGCCUGUCACUUGCCAGACCUUGGACGAUGCUCUUGUUCUAGCGCAUGAAUCCCCAUCAAUACGCAACUUACAUUCAGCCAUUUAUUUUCUAUCUAUCAUUCUCUGUAUUGUGCGUGUACUGUUUGGCCAACUGGAUCUUUACCACGCGAUGCUUAACCACGUGGCUCAGGGCAUUUCCGCCUACUCAGAGACUAAAAAGGCUAUUGGUGUCAUCGCAUGCAAUAAGCUGGAGCGCAUAUUCUUUGAUUGCUAUCUACAUAACACCUUCAGUUCGUGCAAUGUUCUGACCUACCAAGCAGAGCAUCUUCACAGGGGUAUCAACAUGGACAGGAAUCCUGCAUAUAUGGGGAAGCAGCUCAAGUUAGUUGGAAUGGUAUCAGAUUUAAUUUAUGACACAGAAGUACAACUUCCGUAUGCUACUACAGAGUGUCUUGCUGGUGGACCCCUAAAACAAAAGGCAAGAUUGUCCCUUAUGGUGCUCCGUCUCCUGCAAGCCAGGAUAGCCUCUAUACUAUCCAAAAGAGGCCGUGACCAUGGUGCAGAGGCAGAGCAUAAAGUUACCACUGUAACGGGGAAGACGACAAAGAGAUCUGUGCGCUACUUGCGUUCUCCCUCUGUCCCCAGGCGUGCGGCAGUCUCAGCAACUCCGCCGGAUAAGAAAAUCACCUCUGUCACAUCAUUUGCAAACAUGCAUGAUUGCUAUGACAUAGCCAAGUCUUUAGAGUCAUUACUUAAAGAGAGGUCUGGCGAUAGUAGUGUACAAUUCUCACGUGUGUACUCCGACGAGGAGCUGCAUCAGAUUGUCAGACGGUCCAAAUUCUCCUCUUGGAGAAAGUACGCCCUAUUUCGAUCCUGUUAUAAUUCGUGCAACUUCACCUUUAGAUACUUGUAUGACUUGGACACGCUUAGGCUAAUACUAGCAAGCAAAUUCUCUAUGAAGAUAUGUGAUGAAAAUAUGUAUCCUCUGAAGCCAGACACGGUAUUUGAACCAUACUACUCCAAAACGCUUGCCGGAGUCUUGCGGGCGCUACUUGUGUACGACGAUAGACGCUUCAAUAGUAUGCCCUCCCCAUUCCUCUUCAUUCCACCGUCUUACAUGCUCUGCAUUACCAUCACAGAGCUCUAUGAUGCGAUUGUUGAGGAGGGUGCGCACAUUACCCUGCUUAAAUAUAUGACUCUUCUCAAGAUAAUCAACGAUACGGUAGUACGCGACUCCAACCUACUCUAUGUGCAGAAAGACUUUAGCUUCUAUAUAAUCUACAACACUCCACACUUGUCCCAGUUCUCCUCCAUACACAAUGUCAGUGACCCCAUGGAUUGCUAUGUUGCAAUCUUUUACUUGUGUAAGAUUGCCUAUAGCAUAAGAAAGUCUUUCCUCUGGGAGCUUGAGAAGCGCUUCUACACGCAGACCUUCAAGGUCUUCGGGUAUAUUAACUUGCAUCAUGAGCUGAACCUUUGCCUCGUCGGACGACGCCUCAACCGGCUCGACAUUCUCGAUACCACAGCUCUCCACGAGCGCGUCAGGAGCAUGUCACUCAUCUGUGGACCGUUUGACGUUGUCCUCCAGGAUGAACUGUAUAAGGUAGCUAAGGAGGUUUAUAGAAUGAGCGCUAGCACACGCCGCAUGCUGAAUAUCGAAAUAGACGAGACUGGAAUAUAUAAGAAGCUGCUAAAUAUCACUGAAGGUAUUUAG